AUGAGUGCACCGGAAGGCCAGGCAUUGGCUGAGGGUUCCGGGGAUUCAAAUUACAGCUAUAGUGGGCCGUCAUCUGACCAGUCAUUAAACGAUGAAAGAGAGGCCAUGAGAAGGGAAACGGAGAGACUGGCCCUCUCGCAGUUGGACAAAGCGAGGUCAAAACCCGUCGCUUUCGCCGUUCGCACGAAUGUCUCAUACGAUGGGAGUGUUGACGACGACUCACCCAUUCAUGGGUACGCCAUCUCUUUCGGCGUCAAAGACUUCCUACACAUCAAAGAAAAAUACAACAACGACUGGUGGAUCGGACGGCUGGUGAAGGAGGGCAGUGAUGUUGGAUUCAUCCCGAGUCCCGUCAAACUUGAGAUCCUUCGCCUCCAACAGACGCAGACCUCGCGGAGUAAACUCUACUCCAGUAAAGCCAACUCCGGCUCCAAUUUGGGCGGACUUAUGGGAGAUGUGCUCAUCAACUCGCGCUCAUCCAAUUCCGGCGGCUCCAGCCCUCCCACGCCAGACCAAAACGGCGAUAUCGAUGACAGCGACGGUAACAUUCGUGUGGGAAAGUCCGCUCUGUCGACACCGCCGGCCAAAGAGCGCCGGAAGCCGUUCUUCAAGAAGUCAGAGAACAUACCGCCCUAUGAUGUGGUGCCUUCUAUGCGACCGGUGGUGCUGGUGGGGCCCUCCCUCAAGGGCUACGAAGUGACGGAUAUGAUGCAGAAGGCGUUAUUUGACUACUUGAAGCACCGGUUCGAGGGCCGCAUUAUCAUCACUCGGGUCAGCGCCGACAUAUCGCUCGCCAAACGCUCGCUACUCAACAAUCCCAGCAAACGGGCGCUUAUGGAGCGCUCCAACAGCCGGUCCUCGUGUCUGGCCGAAGUACAGGCGGAGAUCGAGCGGAUCUUCGAGUUGGCCCGAACCAUGCAAUUAGUGGUUCUCGAUUGUGAUACCAUUAACCAUCCCUCGCAGUUAGUCAAGACAUCACUGGCGCCCAUCUGUGUCUACCUGAAGAUCUCUUCACCAAAAGUUUUGCAGCGACUCAUCAAAUCUCGCGGUAAGAGUCAGAGCCGGAACCUAAACGUCCAAAUGGUCGCCGCCGAGAAGCUCUCCCAGUGCCCGGUCGUGAGUAUCACUUCAGUUGAUCCCUAUAUCUCAAUGCCUUCAAUCACUAAAUCUAACCGUCGAUUGAAACCCUUUCAGGAAAUGUUUGACGUAUUGCUGGACGAGAACCUGUUGGAGGAGGCGUGCGAUCAUUUGGCGGAGUUUCUGGAGGCCUACUGGCGGGCCACUCACCCGCCCAUCAAAGCCUCGUCGACCGCCGCCGUAACGGUGACGACGUCGCGACCGCCGCUGUUGCCUAUGAUAUCAUCACAAUCUCAUCAGAUGGCGAUGAGGGGAGUGUCGGCCGGGGGUGAAGCCAAUGACUCCGGCGCCGACAGUCCCGCCCUCAUGCGCGACGACCUCAACUCGUCGCCCGUGCGCUACCAUCAGCCCCACGCCCACCCCCACCACCAGCAGCACCAUCACCAACAAGAUCGGUACGAGUCGAUGAGGCCAGUGGUGGGCGACUACACGCCCGACAACGGCUCGCCUACGCUCGAUAUGUACGGCUCGCAGCCGCGGCCGGAGCUGAGGACUGCCCGCGACUACAGUGUCAGUGUAAACCGGACCAGACAUUUACAAAGUGCUUACGGGCCGGGCGUCGACCCGAUGGACGACCCGUAUUUCGCCAACCAGACUGUCGGUCCCUCGCAUUACAGGGAUAUACCGGACAACAGCUUAGCCACCGAUAAGGACUUCACGGAUCGCACGGAGUGGCUGUCCGGCGGUCAUCACCCGUCGACUUCGGGCCGCAACUACUCGGCCGCCGACGAGGACUACGAGUUUGUCGACGCCAUGCCUUUACGUGAAACCACACACGACUUCUACGACUCCUACCAUCAUCAGCACCCGUCGGCCAACUACGACAUGCCGGCCCCUCAUCGGCCGUCUAACAGUUCCCGCAAUACGACCGGUAUUACGAUGAAUGCCUUGUGA